UUUUAAAGCGCCCGCGCCGCCGCGGCCAGGCCCCGCCCCGCGACUUCCGCCCGCCGCGGCGCGCUCGAGGCUGGGUGGCCGCCGGCCGGCGGCGGGCAGCGGCGGGCAGGGUCCAGGUGGCAGGAAUGCUGACGCUGGCGAGCAAACUCAAGCGGGAUGACGGGCUCCGGGGCGCCCGCGCGUCGGCCUCCGCCGCCGACUCCACGAGGAGGGUGUCAGUGAGGGACCGGCUGCUGGUGAAAGAGGUCGCGGAACUUGAAGCUAAUUUACCUUGUACUUGCAAAGUGCAUUUUCCUGACCCGAACAAGCUCCAUUGCUUUCAGCUCACAGUGACCCCAGAUGAGGGUUACUACCAGGGUGGAAAGUUUCAGUUUGAAACGGAAGUUCCCGACGCUUACAACAUGGUGCCGCCCAAGGUGAGAUGCUUGACGCGGAUCUGGCACCCCAACAUCACGGAGACGGGCGAGAUCUGCCUCAGCUUGCUGAGAGAACAUUCCAUCGACGGCACCGGCUGGGCCCCUACACGGACGCUGAAGGAUGUGGUUUGGGGUCUGAACUCGCUGUUCACGGAUCUCCUGAACUUCGAUGACCCGCUGAACAUCGAGGCUGCGGAGCACCACCUGCGGGACAAGGACGACUUCCGGAGUAAGGUGGAGGACUACAUCAAGCGCUACGCCAGAUGAUACGCGCCCGCAGGCGAGCGUCCAGUGUCCGACUCAAGCCGCGGGACCCCGUCCUGGCGCCCCCUCAGUCCACCGGGUCGUCUGAGUCCCGUGACUAUGUUGUCCUGGGAAGCGCCUCUUGGUGACCGCCUGCCGUAGGUGGCGCGUCCGCGCCGACGCAGCCGGAGUGCAUGGUGGCCGGGGCGUCCACUCGCAUGGUCAGUCCCGACUCUGCCGCUCUGGCCGUGGACGGGCCUGGAGAAGGACAGGGCCGGCUGGCGCCUCCCGCCUGCUUCCUCCCGACCCCCGCUCCGCCCCGCUCAGCCGCGCCCGGUGCCGGCCCGGCCCAUCCUGGGGUGAAGCCCCGCCCUGCCCGGGCGCCACCCGCUGUAGCCCCUCACUGAGAUGCGCAUUGUAUGGAAUGUAAGUAUAUUUUGGAACAGAUUUGUAAUUUGUACGAUUUAAUGCUUUAAUUAUUUUUUCUAUUCUCAUUUAGUUUGUAUUUUCAUUGUACAAAGCAGGCAGAAAAACGUUGCGCUGAGCAACUGGCGAAGGGAAAUACAAAGAAAAUGUGAGAGACACAUUA